AUGAUGACGUCGGACAUCUUCAGGAUGUCCCUUGUCCUGUCGUUCGUGACCUGGGGGGUUGUGAGUCAUCCCCACAGGAGAGAUCCUGUCCUUCCUGACUUCAACACCAAUCGACUCCAGUUGAUUUAUUCCUGGAAGUCACUGGAGUUCGAUUAUCCGAGUGAACGUGCACGCCAGGUGGCAGUCGACAGGAAGGAGUUCGUUCCUGGUGACCCCGUUCCAAUAGACGUUGACAUCAUCCGAGGCCGUCAUCCCAAGGUCCUGGUGACCAUCCCAAGGUUCCAAGAUGGCGUCCCGGUGACCCUCGGCUACGUCACCAACCGAGUCUCCUUCGAGGGGAAUCCCAUCAUCGCACCCUACCCCAACUGGGAGUGGAACAGACUCGGAAACUGUAGUAACAUCGUCAGCGUCUAUCGGGUCAAGGUCGACGACUGCGGAAGGCUCUGGGUCCUGGACACCGGAAAGCUCAAGGACGAGCAGAUCUGCCCACCGAAGCUCCUCGUCUUCAACUCCCUGACGAGCCGCCUGAUCUCCGUCUACCGCUUCCCUCCCGACCAAGUCCUUCACGAUUCCCUCUUCAUAACUCCAGUCGUUGAUGUCCGCGACCCCCAGACCUGUCUGGACACCUUCGUCUACAUCGCGGACGUCACCGGGUUCCAGCUGAUCGUCUACGACCACCGCCAUCAAGUGUCCUGGACCAUCCAGAACAACCUCUUCCAUCCUUACCCCAAUCACGGCACCUUCACCAUCGCAGGUCAGAGCUUCGACCUGAUGGAUGGAAUAUUCGGUCUUGCGUUGGGCCCCGUCCUCUGGAACGGCGACAGGACGUUGUACUUUCACUCCCUGGCGAGUGUCGUCGAGGGCUGGGUGUCCACUUCCGUCGUACGGAACGCGUCUGCCUUCCGGAACGACCCAGGAGCGAUGGCCAGAUCCUUUCACAGUUUCCAGAAGACCAGGACGUCGCAGGCUGGGGCCCAGGCGAUGGACAGGAACGGGGUCUUGUUCUAUGGUCUGAUGACGGAGGUCGCCCUGGGAUGUUGGAAUCAACGAGUUGAGUUCGGAGGGGAGAACCUGGAUGUGAUCGUCGUGAACCGAGAGACACUUCAGUUCGCGUCAGGAUUGAAGGUUUCGGGCCCGACGCAGGGCCGGGAGGAAGUCUGGGUGCUGACGAGUGCCUUCCAGAAGGUUAUGAACGGAUUGAACCCGAAUGAGGUGAACUUUCGCAUUCAGGCGGGCUUCGCUGACGAACUUGUGCGUGGGACCAAGUGCCAGAGUACGUCAGGCGAUGACGGGCCCAAAAAUAGUCGGAAUAAACCGAUUGUCUUUCCUUCUGUGAGUUAGACGAUGCCUUAGGUGUGUGACUAAUGGCCAGUUCUCGGUGACAAUGAGGAAGUGAUAUGUUAUCUCGACAAUUGUCAUGACGAUUCUCGAUCGUAAAAAUCGUCGAGGUCGCUAACGAUUUAUUCGAUUCUUUUAACGUUUUCCCGAGAAAAAACAUUAAAUUCUUUUUUAAAAAUA